UGUCUAUGUGUGGCCCUGCGAUGGACUGGCGACCUGUCCAGGGUGUACCCCGCCUUUGCCCGAUGUCAGCUGGGAUUGGCUCCAGCCCCCUGCGACCCUGUACGCAGGAUAAGCGGUUAACGUGUUGGAUGGAUCAAAAACAUUGAAUAUUGCCAGGCGUGUCCUUUAACUCGCAAGAAAAUUGUAAAUUGAGAUGCGAGUCUUUCAGUGCUGACCAGUAACAUGUCAUUUCCUAUCAAAGAUGUUGAGAGCGUUUUUACAUCGCUGAGGUUUAUUGUUAUUAUUAUUAUUAUAUUUUAUUGUUCUGGAAUUUUAUCAUGUCAAAAACGGCCAACAGCUCCCCUAAACUUUGCUACUGUUUUGUUUAAAUGUGUUAUUUUUUCCCCACUUUUUUAUUACUAGUACCGUAAAGGGAACUACAAAAGUCAUGUCAUUAUACAACCCUGUGUUGUAAAAUGACAAAUGCAUACCUUGUAACUUGUAAAAAUCUUACAAACCAGGAUGUCUCCGCAGACUUAUUGCAGAACUGUGAAGGUGUAUUACUGUUCCUGCAGAUAAUCCAAAAAUCCCCGUUUCUAUGAACUACCACAAGAUGGCGCACUGAGACUUGUUUCAUAAAGUUACUUGUAUCUAUAGGUUAUAUCUGUACAUUUGCAGAUGGAAAACUUAGUGCAAAACUUUUGUAACUAAGAACUGUUAUUCUUGUUUGAUUUCUUCCUCCCGAAGUUCUGAUUCCUAAAAAUAACCAAGUUGAUAAUUUUAUGCAAUAAAAUGUUGGAGAAAGUAGAUAAUUAAAUAGUAAUAAAAAAAAAUGUAGAUUGAUCACAAUAGGCCUACCUUUUAAAGUUAUGAAUGGCCUACAGAGUUUUCAUUCAAGAGCAACAAGACCUUAUAAAAAAAGUGAGUGAUUCAUCUCAAUAAAAUAUUAAAUGUAAGUUCAUAUUUAUUGCCCUGCAGAUAUUUUGCUACAUUUAUUAUUUAGAAUAUUGUUAUGAUGACAUCAAUUUACAAAUAAAAGCGCUGUAAAAAUGCUACAUUGUUCUUUCACAGGAAGAAAACCCGCGUUUUUGUGUGAUCCAUUGAGCCAUUUGUUUGUUUUAUUCCUCACUUCAUCCUUGAUCCUGUAGUCCAUGAAAAAAGUUUUUAGCUAUCCACUCCAUGACUCCUGUCACCUCCCGCCCUCUUUCUUUUUUUUCCUACCCCCCUUCCCCCCUCCCCCCUCCCCAACAUCCAUCCGUACAAACUCCUACAUCAUCUCUCAAACUAACUCACUCCUCUCUGUACCUUCAGCCCGUCUACUCUUCAUCCACCGCGUCACAUUAACCCCUCAGCUGCAGACUGGGCACCAGCACCACUAUGCUCUGGAAAUCCCGAACCAAGACUGACGGUUUGCAGGACCGCGCAGACGGACUAAGCGGCUCUUCGCCGAGUGGGCGCCUCUCCCAGCUGUCCUCACUGAACCAGGCCGCCUACUCCUCUGCUCCCCCGCUCUGCCACACUCCGGCCUCUGACUUCCAGCCUCCGUACUUCCCUCCCCCCUAUCCCCAGUCCUCCCUGCCAUACUCCCAGAGCCAGGACUCGUAUUCCCACCUGUCAGAUCCAUACACCUCCAUCAACUCCAUCCAUCAGCAUCAGCAAGCGGCAUGGCACUCCCAGAGGUCGCGUUCCGAGGAGGGGGGGCUCCUGUCACAGUCGCACCGGGCUCUGAGCCUCGACCCCCGACGGGAGUAUCCAGCUGUCCCUCGGCUGCUGCACGGUCUAGGGGAAGGGGCUGCCGCUCUCGGGGACGGUCCUCUCGGGAUGCACCUAGGACAUCACGGCCUGGAGGAUCUUCAGGGAAUGGAGGAAGGAUCAGCCUUGGGCAUCCUCGACCACUCUGUCAUUAAAAAAGUUCCUAUCCCGUCCAAGCUGAACGGGUCCUCCCUGUCGGCCUUGUCCAUCUGUAAGGAGGGUCUCGGCAUGGGAGCCGUGUCCAACCCAGCCGAGGUUUUCUGUUCGGUCCCGGGUCGCCUCUCGCUGCUCAGCUCCACCUCCAAGUACAAGGUGACGGUCGGGGAGGUGCAGCGACGCCUCUCCCCGCCUGAGUGCCUCAACGCUUCUCUGCUGGGUGGAGUCCUCCGCAGGGCAAAGUCAAAGAAUGGUGGUCGCUGUCUGAGAGAGCGUCUGGAGAAGAUUGGCCUCAACCUGCCCGCCGGGCGACGCAAGGCAGCCAACGUCACUCUCCUAACAUCUCUAGUGGAGGGUGAGGCCGUCCAUCUGGCGCGGGACUUUGGUUAUGUGUGUGAGACAGAGUUUCCAGCCAGAGCUACAGCUGAGUAUCUGUGCAGGCAGAGUGAGCCAGACCAGCUCCCAACACGGCGCAGCAUGCUGCUCGCUACCAAGGAGAUCUGUAAGGAGUUUGUGGACCUGAUGUCCCAGGACCGCUCUCCACUGGGCGGCAGUCGACCCACCCCCUGCCUGGAACCCGGCGUCCAGGGAAGCCUCACCCACUUCAGCCUGCUCACCCACGGCUUCGGUACUCCCGCCAUCUGUGCGGCGCUCUCCGCCUUCCAGAGCUACCUGAUGGAGGCGAUCAAAAUGCUAGACAAGGGAGAGGGGGGAGGGAAGAGCCACCACGACAAGGAGAUGAAGCACCGCAAAUAGAGGAAGGACAGACAGAUGUGUUGGUGGAUGGAUGGAUGAGAGGCAGAAAGUAAGAGAAAAGAGGGGAAAAGACUGACUGGUGCCCCUCUGCGUCUUUACCUUCGCCCUCAGGAUAGAAACUGAGACUUUUACCUCCCAGAAACCCCUGCGUUUCCUCUCGUUGAGGAGACGGGGUUUAUGAUGAUAUCUGUACUGUAAUGUGUGUCCACAACCACCUCACUCAAAAUGACGCAUGGACCUCUCUUCUCAGUAGCUGGUUUGUGUCAUGAUGGCAUCUACAAAACUCUUCAGGAUGAGUUCUUACAUGGCUGUAUGCUUUUAUUUACCCCCCCCCCCCAACUUUAAACAUUUUGGUAGACCUGUCACCUUUAUCUGUGUUUUAGAAAACCCUGCCUUCAUCAGAAACUCUCUCUUUCGCACACACUUGUACACAUUUUUGGACUGAACUCAUCUGGGAAGUGUCGUAAGCCAUAUCUGAGACAGCAACCUGCUCUUUGCUCCUUUGGAACUUUGGGAGACUUUUAACUCAACAUGAUUGGACAAGCACAGCUUCCUCAUGUAGUUCUUCUUAAUUGGUGGUCAUGGGAAAUUGAGUUCUGGGUUCUCUAGCAGCGGGGUAAGGAGGAGUCAAAGGCAGCUAAAGGAGAUUUGUUUUCUUUUAUUUUGAAGUAUUACGUGUUGGUAACUUAAGAAAAUAACACAAAUCAUUUUGUACUUUCUGUGUAUGUUUAUUAUUAAUGUUAUUACUGUUGUUAUUAUUAUUGUAUUACGGCAUAAAUGUAAUAUAUUAUUAAACAAUUAAGAACUGAUCGGUUGAGUUUCAUGAGUGUGUUUUUAUGUUUUGAUCUGAGAUGUCAGAAGUAUAAAAAGCAAUUGCACCUUCAGGUAACUUUAAAUGCAACUGCCCACUUCAACUUAAUUUUCUAUUCACAAGUGGCAGUGCACUUUUAUUGUGCUUAUAGUAAAUGCUUCGUCUUUCCCUUUGUCGCGAUAAUUAUGUUUUUUAUUGAUACCUGUAGGCUCUUUUGUGACUUUAACAGGAAGGUCAUAGAGAGGGCUGCAACUUCAUUUCAGUUUUGGUUGAUCUGUCGAUUUUCGGUUAAUUGCUU